AUGUCAUUUUCAAGGAUAAUAGAAUUGGCAAUUCUAACGACUGUCAUGUUUUUGACAUCGUUUAUUGCGGGUGUAUUGCCUUUAAAGUUGACAAUCUCACCAACAUACUUGAAAUAUCUAUCAUUACUAGCCAUGGGAAUUUUGGUCGGGACAGCCAUGUUGAUCAUUCUACCAGAAGGUAUUGAAAUGUUAAGUACAUCAACUCAGAAUAUUUCCAGAUUUGUGGGGUUCCCUAUUUUGAUUGGAUUUGUAACUAUGUUCACAAUUGACAAUGUAUUUUCAGGUCAUUCCAGUGAUAACAAACGUAAUUGCAAUUUGAAAGAUUCCAUUUUUGGAUCUUCAUUAACUCUUGGUAUGAUCUUCCAUGGAAUUGUUGACGGUAUUUCUUUAGGAUCAUCAUUUGCUGGUGGUACAGCUAUUCCCUUAAUAAUUUUCACCGCAAUUAUUAUUCAUAAAAUCCCGACAAGUUUUAGUUUAUCUACAAUUCUAUGCCUGGAAGGCAUUCCUGAUUCAAAAUUAUUCUGGCAUAUAUUACUUUUUGCAUUACUGAGUCCAAUUGCUACUUGGAUAACAUAUAUAAUUAUUAGUUUAAUUGAUGUAAACACUGACGUGGUUGUGGGGAUUUUGUUUUUAUUCUCCGCUGGUAACUUCUUAUUUAUAGUCAACCAUGUCAUGAGUGAUUUUACAUCUGGAGAUUUCCAGGUAUUACCUACAAGUGUGGAAAGUGAAGCAAAUACCGUGGUUAGUAAUCAAUCACAUUCUAAAAUUUCUAAAUUGGAGUUUUCACUAGUAAUAACUGGAAUUUUAAUCCCCGCUGUACUUAGCUUCGUAAAGGAAUAA